UUGGUUGCAUGCUGGAUAAACGUCAAGUGCCAUCAAAUGGGUGUUUUGGUUGGCGUUAAUUUACCUACCAAAACACUGUUUGAACAGUAUUAAAGAAAUGGAUAAUUCUCCGCCGAUAAAACCACCUAGGGGUGUAAAACCUAUCAAAGAAACUAGUGGGCUACUUAUGUCUGUAAUAAGAACCUUAUCGGCUAGUGAAACCAAUGAACAGAGGGAAAGGGAGAAGGCUAAGCUAGAAUUAGAGUAUGAGCUCAGUGAUAAGAAAUUGGGUGAGCUAGUAUCUAAACAUGAAUCUGAUCUCACACAGGUAAUGCAAGUAUUUGGUACACUUUCUCAAUUGGUGAGUGACUCCAGGCAGCGGAUUCACAAAGUCAAAACAAAUUUGGAGGAGUGCAAGAAGUUACUGUACUGUAAAAAGGAUGAUUUGCAGAAGAAAUGGAUGGAAGGAUUGGAGUACAAAUAUGUUUUACAAUUCUUGGAUGAGAUAGAAAAAAUGAAAGAAGUGCCUAAGCAAUUAUCUGAUCAUAUGAUGAGAAAGCAAUAUUUACAUGCCACUGAGUUGUUGGUGCAAGCAGUUACAUUAGGGAAGGACAGAUUGAGCAAGGUUGAAGCACUGAAGGAAUUAACAGCAGAGUUGGAGCAGAAGAAAGAGCAGUUGCAUAUUAAACUGAUGCAAGAAUUGAAGCAACAUAUUUACUUGAAAACGUCGCAAAAGGUGUUGAUGCUCAGGAGGCAAGGUUCGAGUCGUGAAGGACUAUUCAAUUCUCCUCUGCAAAGAAGUUUGGAGUUGAGAAUAUCCUCCAGACAAAAAUCGAAUAUAAGAAAAAAUCUCCUUGAUUCCUCCAAGUUGAAUACAUCCUCCAACGAUUUUGAUGUGGUUGAAGAUAUUGAUGUACUCGAUCCAGAAUCGGAUUCUACGCACUUCAUGGCAAUACUCGUUAAAAGUUUGGCUUUAUUAGAGAAAAUUCCGUUUUCAGUUAAUGAGCUACAAACUGAAAUGCAAAAUGAGUUGAUGCAUAUCGUACAAAAGACGACGCAUCACAUUUACGAUUAUAACAGUUUGCAGUCUGUUGAUACUAAAACCAAAUACUCUGCACUCGUCGAGUUGGUUCAAACGAUUUUCGAUCAAUUCAAGCAAAUUGGUCAAGCUCACAUAAUUGUUCUCGACCAUUUCUCGAAAGCCUCCAAGUGCCAUAACGUCGAUGUUAAUCUGUAUAGCAUUAAGAAUUAUUGGGCUCAGGUCCAGGGAGUUUUGCAAUUAAUGCUUAAUGACUACCUGGAUAUUCAGAACAUAACCAGUGAUCCUCAACUCAACGACAGUUUUACAAAUCCCAACGAUAUUUCUAGCUACUUUUCGCGUAGAAAACCACAAAGCAAGAAGAAAUCAUUCUUCAAGUUUGAUGGAUCGACGAGUGCGUUAACGAUGAACGAAUUCAAAGAUUCUCAGGUGAACAACAAGAAAAAGGACAAGAUCUUGUUAUGCCCGGCGGACCCGAACAACAUUCUGCACAUAUUCGUUCCAUUUAUGUGCUUCAUUGAAGACAUCGAACAAAUACUCGAGCUGCAACAAGGGGCGCAGUGUCCAUUGCACAAAUUCCUCUCCGAUUACGUAACGGACAGGUUCGUAACGCGGCGGCACAUUGAGACGCUGAGAAAAAUAGAGGACACUGUUAGAAUGGCCGAUGCUUGGAAAUCCACCGUCCUAUUAGACAUUACAACUGAUUACAAGCCUCUUUUAGUGAGUACUGUAACGGUGGAGAAGUUCAUGAAGGAAUGGAGAACGGUUUUGGAAUCGCUACCUUUAUACGGCGAAACUAUCAUCAAAUAUGUAUGUAAUGCUCUGCGCGACUACAGAGAGACCUGCAAUGCGGCGUACGCGGGAAUAGUGCAACCUCAUUCUGAAGAUAGAAGGAUUUGCAGUGCCGCUUGGUUAAAAGAUGAAGAUAUUAGUAGAUUUUUAAAGUCUUUACCUAAUUGGCAAAAUUUGAAGGCGCAGCAGGAGUAUCAAGCGCGGAACGAGAGGAGGAAGACUGUGCGCCGUGAGCACACGAUGGAAGAGGAGAGUCCUGAAGAGAUUAGACAACGUAAUAGAAGGGAAGCUGAGAUUUUGGCUAGUAAUUUAGGCGAAGGAGGAGUUGGCGCCGGUGAAAUCCUCUCCGACAUGAAUCUUCUAAAGGAACUUGCGCAAUUACAAGAGAGCAUGGAAUGGUUUUCAGUGCAGAUGUUCCAAUUUGCAAGCGAUUUUCGCCAAGAUCCGACUUUAUCUCCAACAACAAACGCAUUGGAUGCGUCUGUCACCAUAUCCCCCAACACUUUGCAACAAUUGACAAGCGUCGCGCAAGACUUCGAUGAACUUGCCAACACUUGUCUCUUGCUCCUCCAUUUGGAAGUUCGAGUCCAAUGCUUCCAUUAUUUGUUAGCCCAAAGCGAUUACAACAAAGAAACGCACGAGCCCGACCCAAAAGUACUCGAAUUGAGUCGAGUAUUAGCGAAUGUAGACGAAGCAAUGACUUCCAGUUUACAUCCCAGAAAAUGCAAAUAUAUUUUUGAAGGUUUAGGACAUUUAAUAGCGAAAAUUUUAAUCAGUUCCUCUCAGUACAUGAAGAACAUUGAUGAAGGCGGCAUUCAGAGAAUGUGCAGAAACGUAUUCGCUUUGCAACAAACGUUAACUAAUAUUACAAUGACCAGAGAAGUGGCUUUGGAUCACGCCAGGCAUUACUUCGAACUAUUCUUUUUGACACCAGAAGAAAUUUUAAAUGGUAUCGUCGAGAAUGGACCGGAAUUCUCCGAAUUGGAGUAUAUAAAUGCAUUCCAGCUUUUGAGCAGAAGCAGCAACGGUUCGAACCAGAAUUCUGUAAAUGCCUAUCAGAAAAGGUUAACUAGCAUUUUAGGUGAAGUAGGUGUAACAGUUUAAUUUAUUUUUAUUAUCAGAAGAAAUAUAUAUGUAUAUGCUUUAUAACUCAUCUUUCAUAUUAAGCAAUUUUUCGUUCUCCUUGAACGGA